AUGCGGUUCUCGACGGCGCGCGAGGGAGAGGAGGAGACGCGGCACGGGCCGGGCGACGGCACCGGCGCCCCCACUCGUGGCAAACAACGCCUAGAGAUGAAGCCUUCGGCCGCGGAAACCUUGCGGGAGACGAGUCUGGAGCGGGAAGGGGAGCACCGGCGGCCGCCUGCCUCGACGAGCGCGGCUUUGGAGCCCAGCCCGCCGCCCGUCUCGAUCAUCAUCACGCCGCAAGAGGCGGGCACCGCACGCAAUUCAGACCCGACCUUCCUCUCCGGCAGCGGGGACGAGCAACUCGGGCGGGGCGCGGCGGCGGCGAGGGAAGCCGACGCCCCCCUUUCCUGCCGGGCAGACGCGGGGCCGGGAAGGCGCGGAGACCCCGGUUCGCCCCGCAUCGCCGAGGAGGAGUACGAACGACUCUGA